UUCCUUCAAAUUAUAAAGUAUAUAACCAAGUUAACGACUUUUAAACUUUAGAAAUAUACAGAUCAUUGAACCGAACUGAUCUACAAAAAUGUUGCCAAGUCUAACUGUUUGUGUGUUAUUCCUCUUUGCCUCAUCAGUAGCCGGAAAUGGCCCAAAAGUGCCACCACAGAUGUUUCCUUCACAAAACAUUUACCCAGAGGCACGUGGAGAUUUCUUUCCCAUGAUGCAACCCGAAUUUCAGGGCAGGUAUCAGAAUUAUGCUCCUUUUCCUCGGAUGCCACGUAUGUGGGAAAAUACACAUAUGCAGCCUAUGCCUUUCUUUCAUCCACCGGGCUGUGACAUACCUUUUCACCAACAUAUGGAUAUGAUAGGUUCACCAUUUAUUAAUCAAGGCCAGUGGACUGGAACUCCAUUUCAAGGUCAAGGCCAAUGGCAGCACACAGCUUUUCCAAUCCAAGGCCAAGCUCAGUGGAAACAGACCGUCUUUCCAAACCAAGGUAAAGGUCAAAUGAAACGGCCGCCAUUUCCAAAUCAAGGUAAAGGUCAAAUCAAGCAGCUGCCAUUUUUAAACCAGGGUAAACGUCAAAUGAAGAAACCAACGUUUCCAAACCAAGGUCAAGGUCAGUGGAAGCAGCCGACAUCAUGGAAUAUGAACCAGAACGUAAGAAUGGUUGAGCAGUGGGAUGCCUUUCCAGUCAAUCAGCAGAUGCUUUCCCAACCAGCCGUUUCGGGUUUGGCGCCAAAAGAAGCAGACUUUCAGCCCGGUACAUUUAAUCCACCAAAGAUUGGGUCUCAAACUUUUGGUUUCAAUGGACUGGAUGAACCCGUCCCAGUGCAGCGAGAUUGA